GGUCCCAUAGAAAAACCACAGCCACGAAUCAGAGGAAAUCCGGCAGCGCCGCGUGUCGAAGACGAGUCCAAACACGGAACAAAGCCGGCGAUUAGCGGCACACUAAAGCCAGCAUCUUGCGCUUCUCCGUCCGUCCGCGUCCACACCGGAGCAAGGAGGAGCGGCGAAGGAAGAAGGCGACGAGGAGGCGAUGGCGACCGAGUCGCCGUUCCGGGCGGACGUGCUGAGGGGCAAGGCGGCGCUGGUCACCGGCGGCGGCUCCGGCAUCUGCUUCGAGAUCGCCACCCAGCUCGCCCGCCACGGCGCCCACGUCGCCAUCAUGGGCCGCCGCCGCGAGGUCCUCGACAAGGCCGUCGCCGCCCUCCGCUCCGAGGGCCUACGGGCUGUUGGCUUUCAGGGGGAUGUACGUAACCAGGAGGAUGCAGCCAGAGUGCUCGCGUCGACCGUUGAGCAUUUCGGCAAGCUUGACAUUCUCGUCAAUGGUGCAGCGGGCAACUUCCUUGCAUCCCCAGAGGAUCUGACACCCAAGGGAUUCCGAACAGUUCUUGAGAUUGACACUGUGGGUACAUACACAAUGUGCUAUGAAGCCCUGAAGUAUCUGAAAAAAGGUGGACCAGGGAGAGGUCCCUCCACUGGUGGCCUCAUCAUUAACAUAAGUGCGACAUUGCAUUACACCGCGGCUUGGUACCAAAUUCAUGUGUCUGCUGCUAAGGCAGGUGUUGAUAGUAUCACGAGAACACUGGCUCUGGAAUGGGGAACAGAUUAUGAAAUCAGGGUCAAUGGAAUUGCACCAGGACCAAUCGGAGGCACUCCAGGACUGAGGAAGCUUGCACCUGAUGAAAUGGGCAAGGGGAAAAGGGAAAUGAUGCCUUUAUUUAAGUUGGGGGAGACACGGGACAUUGCAAUGGCUGCGCUCUAUCUUGCUUCUGAUGCAGGCAAAUAUGUAAAUGGGACUACGCUCGUGGUCGAUGGAGGGCUUUGGUUGAGUCACCCUCGCCACAUCCCCAAGGAGGAAGUGAAGGAGCUCUCAAAGGUGAUCGAGAAGAAGGUUAGGGCCUCUGGUGUAGGUGUACCGUCCAGCAAAUUGUGAUGCCAUCCUUGGUUUAUGUCACUGUCUCGUUUAUGUCAUGUACCACCCUUCAGUAUUGUCAUCAGUGGCUCCGCACCGACUUUAUUGUGUACGUGAAUUUUGUAACCCGCUGAACGUAAUUGGUUUGAAACAAGCAAGUUCAGUACUUA